AUCGCGAACGCAAGAAGGAUCAGUUUCAGUUCAAACGUUGACGACGCCGGUGGCAGCUCCUGUUCGUGAGCUCUCGUGUGGUUGGAGUUGGAGUUGGGAGUGGAAAGGACUUUAGAACUUUCGCACACUUUGGUUCCUUUUGCAGAGUUUAAGUUUCUGGUUCUGUUCUGUUGAGUGUUGCAUUUUUUGGUAGUGCACCUGCUUACACGCACAGUUUUACGUGAAAUCGUGAGAACGCUUUUGCACAGAUCGAGAACUUACGUUGCGGAGUUGAAGAAGGCGAAGUUUUCGGGAAGUACUUGGACCUACAGAGGUGAAGCUUUGGAUGUUGAUCUGGAUCUUUAUGGCAGUUGGGAGUGUUUCUGAUUUCAUUCAUUGAAUUGGAAUUCAUUCACGGGGACGAUCGUUCGAGAUUCUCUACGAAGGUGUACUGUGACGGCAAGGUUUAACAGUUGGUGGAAUUGGAUUGUGUGGAAUUGCUUACUCUGAAGAAGUCAUGCCCUAGGUUGGCUGGGGUUUCUGGUGUAGAACUCGCAGUGGAAUUGCAGCGGUUGCAAAGUAUCAAAUUCAGACCUGGAUCGCGGUUGUGUGAGUCGUGGUGAAGAAAAUUCCAACAAACGGUGCUUGCCGGUGCGGUGUGGUUCGAUCGGUUUCAGGUGGGCAAACUGCACCUUUUCGAGGAAGAUCCGAAUGAUAUCAGAUUCGGCGGGAGUCAUCUACCAUACGAAAACCAUGUGUUAGCUAGGAGCUGCCGUACGAGUUGGCGGUAUAAUAGAAGAUCAAGUAUAUACGAUCGGAGCCGUGUUAAAUAUUCAUGAGAAUUGAUUUUCGAGAUCCAACCAGUUUUUUUUUGUCGAGCUCUUGCACUCUCUUUCUCUCAGUUUUGUUUCGAUGAAUAGUGGCAUUUGGUUCCGCGUUCUGUUCGAUUGACCGUGACCGUGAAGAGUGGUGCGCGGUGGUUUAUUCGCGAGGUGAAGAAUCAUCCGAGAACAGUGAACCGAAGUGACAUUUCCACCGAAAAGCCGCAAACGAAAUUGCGUCCUGUAUGUAAUUCACGCCCGGCGAAAAUUCAAAGGAAAAUCCCGCAUUCGCGCGCGCGCCCGUUCGGUGGCGGAAAAUCGAGAAGAAAAAUCACCAACUGAAGAGUGAAGUGUCUGUCGUGCCGGCUGCCGCCGUUCGUGUACCCAAAAAGGGGGUGAGAGCAAUAAAAAGGAAAAUAUUUGUAAGCUGCUGAUAGAGCGGAAAAAGUUGCUUAGUACAAGUUCGUGAUUGCUAGUGCCGCAAAGUAAAUCACCGGCUCUUGCACGCUUAGUGAGCAUUUUUUUUUUCUUCUUGGAGAUAGUGCGUCAGGCAAGAAAGCGAAGAUUCUUGACCCGGUCGGUGGGUGGAAGAAACGAGACUUCUAUAACAAACGAGAACACGCCGGAAAAUCUGACUUCUGACUAGGCAGUGGAAAGCAUCAUCAUCACAACCCGACGACGGGCCGGACCCGUGGCAGACAGCAGUGUAGCGUAGGCGGGUCAGUCGGUCGGUCGGUCGCGAUCGCGCGCGCGUUUGGUUUCUUGUAGUUCGCAACAGCCGCUUGAUGCACGCUGACACGUGAAAAACCGUCUCGAGGGGUCGUGAAAAUCCGCCUGGGAGCGGACCCCCUUUCACAUCAUCACCCGUUCCACUAGAUUCGAGUUUGAGAGCCCUGGCAGGGUCGACCGUUGCCAGGGUGGUGCUGCUGCUGCGGAACAGGACGACGGCGACGACGACGACGACGACGGCGGCGACCUCUCGCGGCGACGGUGCACCACGACGACGAUGACGACCCUGUGGUCUUCGCCCAAAUGUCGGGCCUGCACCUUCAUCGGUUUCCUGGUGGUGCUACUGGUGACGUUGAUAGUGACUUUUAUGCACCAUGGGAACACGAAUCCACAGCCGCAGCCGGCGCCUCCGACGGGGAUGGGCGCCGCCACGGUGGUCGCGAGUGGUGAUAGUCGGUUUAGUGAUACGGAAAGGACAACAGGUGGGAUUACGCAGCAGCGAGGCAGUAGUGAUGCAGUGCCGGGUUUAGUGCCGGAGGGUCCACCGGGUGGUGGCGCAGGAGGAGUAGACGAUGGCAGUAGAAUAUCAGAUGAAUCGCCCAUUCUGCGAAGGCCGCUGGACGGCAGCAGCAGCAGCAGCAGCUGGACGCCUUUGAGUGCCGCCGAUGGCAAUGGAACGGCACCGGCAGGGACGAUGACGACGACUACGUCGUCGGUGGCAUCGCAAUUCGACGAAGGGAACCGUCGGUUACACGAUCCCGCCCAGUCCGAAGUGGUAUACAUAAAACCAACCAAAAUAGUGACACAGCUGCACGCCAAUGACCUGCUGUACGACUCCAAGACCAUGACCUCCGAAACCUCCGGAACCCACCACGCACCCAAGUUUCACUGGACGGGACUGUUCCGCAACCGGUCCUCGCCGAUCUGGGACCCACACCCGGAGUACGAAAUCAACGCGUUCGGCAUGAAGAUGCACAUCAAGCUGUGGCACAACGACGACUUCAUUCGGAAGGAGAUCCCGGUGACGCACAUCAUAUCGCCCAACGAAACCCUCCGGCGACCGGAAGACCACAUGGAUCACGACGAGCUGCAGCGGUGUUUCUACAAGGGCCUGGUAGUCGGCGACGACAAGUCCGACGUGGCCGUUUCGCUCUGCGAGGGAAUGACGGGACACAUUCGCACCUCGAGGGGAUCGUUCGAAAUCGAACCGUUGCAAAAGUACUCCAACGAGAAUACCAACAUUUUGCACGCACUGUCCCGAAAACGGGUCAAGCAGGAGAACGACGUGGACGGACGGAAGCCGGAGGACCAGGACAAUGGCGAUAACUGUGCCGUCGAUACCAAGCAGGAAGAGCACGACAAGCAUCUGGAAAGCAUUGAACUGCCAGACGGAAGCCCGAUCGGUGACGAUGGACACGGCCACGGCCGCAGGAGCCGAAGAAGCACGGCGCACAUUGCAAACAACGAGUACACCAUCGAGGUGCUGGUGGCGGUGGACAAGAAGAUGCAGGAGUACCACAAAGAUACGCUCAAGUCGUACGUGCUGACGUUGAUGUCGAUCGUUUCCAGCAUUUACGCCGAUGCCAGCAUUGGAAAUUCAAUUAAGAUAGCCGUGGUGCACAUUUUGUACCUCCACCAGGAUCUGGCCGCACACAGCACCCUGGACCUUAACGGCAGCAAAGGCGUAUCGGCAUCGGAAAUGCUGCAAGCGUUCUGCCGGAUCAAGCAGGCAUCGAACUUCCACCACGACACGGCCUUCCUGCUGACGCGGGAGCAAAUCUGCCGGCACCAGAUGAAGUGCGACACGCUGGGGCUGGCCGAGCUGGGAACCAUGUGCAAGCGGUCCUCGUGUGCGAUCGUGCAGGACAACGGGCUGUCGGCGGCGUUCACGAUCGCACACGAACUGGGACAUGUAUUAAGCAUGCCCCACGACGACGACGUCCGAUGCGCUCCCUACCGAGGCGAAGGCACCGGCAAGCAGAACAUCAUGUCCCGAAUGCUGGACCAGAACACCCAUCCCUGGUCGUGGUCCAACUGCUCCCGCCACUUUGUCACCGAGUACCUAGAACAAAACCACGGCAGCUGUAUGCUGGACAAACCGAAAACAGAUCUCAUCGAACCGUCCUCGUCUCAUACGAAACUGGCUGGGGAAAAGUUCACCAACAACCAGCAGUGCGAGCUGGUGUUCGGUAACGGAUCGCGCAUUUGUUCGUACAUGCCGGUGUGCGAGCGGCUCUGGUGCAACAAUGGCGAUGAACUGCUCGGCUGCCGAACGCAACACAUGCCGUGGGCCGACGGGACCAGCUGUGGCGAGAACCAGUGGUGUCAGAAGGGCAAGUGUGUCUACGUGAACAGGAAGGCACUGCAACCGCAGGACGGUGCCUGGGGUCAGUGGAGUUCGUUCAGCGAGUGUAGUCGUAGCUGCGGCGGAGGUGUGCAGAUAUCGACGCGAACUUGCGAUUCGCCUCCACCGGCGAACGGCGGCAAGUACUGCACCGGAAUGCGGAUGCAGUACAGGUCAUGCAAUACGCAAGACUGUCCCGAAGGAACCCUGGACUUCCGGGAAGAGCAGUGCCACGAGCUGGAUGGUAACAACUUCGAAAUUCCUGGGCUGGAGAAGAAUGUGAAGUGGAUUCCGAAGUACGGAGUAAAGUCGGAAGAUCAAUGCAAGCUGUACUGCCGGGUGAAGAACUCAAACAACUACUUUCUGCUGAGGGACAAGGUGAAAGACGGAACGCCUUGCACGCCACCACACGAAUCGUACGACAUGUGUAUCAACGGGCAUUGCAGGCGAGCCGGUUGCGACUACGUGUUCGACUCCGAUGCAAAGAUGGACAAGUGUGGAGUAUGCCGAGGGAACAACGAAACCUGCAGCGAGGUUGUGGGAAAGUUCCCAUUCUCCAAAAUGAAUUAUUCCAAUAAGAAACCUCAAAAGAUUGUAAGGAUUCCGCGUGGAGCUACAAACAUUGUGAUCAUUCAACGCGGAUACACAGACGACAGAAACUAUCUAGCAUUACGAGACGAAAACUACGAAUACAUAUUUAAUCCACCGAAAACAACGGUCGUAUCCGGUUUCAAGAAGCGACUCUUUGCCGGUGUCAUGCUAGAAUACAACGGCCCAGAUGAAGAGGUGGAAACAAUCCGAUCAGACUACGGACGUCCUCUGAAGCAGGACCUGAUAGUCGAGCUGGUGUACUAUUCGAAAAUGCGUCCCGUUAGCGAGAACAUUGUGGAAUACAGCUACACCAUUCCAAUCGAUGUACCUUCGGUACCAGUGUCGAAGGUGCCAAUCUACGUGCAACAAAACCCUAGUCAGAACACGAUUCCGAACUAUCAGUGGAAAAUGUCCGACUGGAGCGAAUGUGACCAGGGCUGUUCCGGGAAACGGCACAGAACGGCUGGAUGUUUCGAUAUCGAAACGGGCAAGGAAAGGCCGAUCUCUUUCUGUCGGAACAGUGUUAAACCCAGAGAUGACUACGAACCCUGCAAUGUGGAAUGUAAAUUCGAAUGGGAAGCAACAAGUUCCGAGUGUUCCAAUUCUUGUGGAGAAGGUAUCAGGAAUGUUCAGUACCAGUGCGUUCAACGAUACAUGUCCACGAUGCAGACCAAUCCCGUCGAUCCAACGUACUGCUCCAACAUUCGGAAACCGAUAAGCAUGGAGAAGUGCCACGGGCCAUGUCCGGAAGCUACGCUAUCCUACAGUAACUGGGGACCGUGCUCGCAAAAAUGCGGUGGUGGGCAGCAGAACCGUACCGUCAGCUGCCUCUCGUCUCCGGAUGGUUUCCGAAUAAGCGACGAGUUCUGCGUCAAUCAACCGCGAGAGGAAACCGUCCAGCGGUGUAAUACGGACAGCUGCCCCGAAUGGGUCACAGGAGAACUGACACCGUGUUCGGUUAGCUGCGGGGAAGGACAACAACGGUAUGCUAUCCACUGUGUGCUAAACAAUGUUAGCGUAAACGCAGCGCUAUGUGGCGUUCGGCCGGUCGCUGUUAUCAUCAACUGCACCAUGCCACCCUGCGAGAAGAAGAAACCACAGCAAGAGCCGCCGACCUAUGCUUAUCUGAACGAGGAAAUGAAGCAUUUCUCGCGGUUGCCCGAGACCAGCUACUCACACAACCACCUGAACUACAACAACGCAUCGUUCGACCCGUUUAAGUGGUGCAUCGGUCCCUGGAGCAUGUGCGACGCCAAGUGCAUGGGAGGCUACAAACAACGAAAAGUGCAGUGCUGCUACAAGAGCAACAAAACGGCCGUGGUCGACGAUCGGUAUUGCUCCGAGAAGAAACCCCAGGAGCAGACCAACUGCGCCGACUUCCGGUGUCCUCAGUGGAACUUUGGCCAAUGGGGUGAGUGCAAUGACGAUUGCAAUCGCUAUCGUCAGGUGCUAUGUCAAGAUCACCGCGGCAAGGAGAGUAACGAAUGCCCAAUGAACCAGAAACCGCCCGCGGAGGAGAAGUGUUGCCAUUUCAAAUGGAGGAUUACUAACUGGAAGCCCUGUAAUGUGACGUGCGGUGGUGGCGACGGCUACCGAGUCGGCGAGCGUGUCUGUAUGCGUCUGUUCCUGAGGUCUGCCGAAAACCCGCACCCGGUCAAAACCGGUCGUAAGGUCGACGCUAAACUCUGUGCCCACGCGAAGAUUCCACCGGCUAAGAAGCUAGUUCGCAAAUGUAAACCUUGUCAGUUCAGGUGGGAGGUGUCCCCGUGGUCAAAGUGUUCGGUUGGCUGCGGAGCCGGCCUGGCAACGCGCAAUGUGACCUGUAGCAAUGGUCGCACCUCUGCGAACGUUUGCGAUCUCAAGCACAAACCUAGCAACGUGAAGCCAUGUGAAACGCACAGCUUCUGCCGCUGGAACACCGGACGAUGGAACAGAUGUAAAUGCGACGGCUUCCAGCGAAGAAGCGUCAAAUGUUACGAUGAGCUAACGAAAACGGAAUCGAAUCGCUGUUUGGAACCGAGGCCUGGACAAAAGAGAAAAUGUUCUCCGGCACUAGACUGUCGACCGAGGUACAGUAAGUUGAUCACGACCUGCCACGACGUUCAGCGAACCCGACGAAUGCGACAAGACGGAGAGUACAUGUUGACCGUUAAAGGGCAACCCGUAAGCAUCUACUGCCACAACAUGUCGUCCAAUGCACCGACCGAGUAUUUAACACUGCAGUCAGGACUGCUCGAAAACUAUGCGAUCUACAACAACAAGCGUGCGGAGAAUGCCGGCGUCUGCUAUCCCUCCAGUGCCGACAGGGUAGACGAAAGCAUAGGCUACGGAGCGACACAUUACCGCAAGAUACGGCUCAACAUCCACACGCUGCAGGUGCAGGUGGACGACCAUCGGUUUACGGACCGGUCCGGGAAGCCCCAGGCAUUUGGAUCGGCCGGUGAUUGCUACAGCAACACCGGCCGGUGUCCGCAGGGGGACUUUUCGAUUAAUCUGGAAAAUACCCCCUUCCGGAUACGACCCCGCACCCAGUGGGAAACCAAGGGGGUGAACGCGGUACUGAAUUUCCUAAUACGGUUGGAGGCGCCGUAUAAAAAAGUACGAGCACGUUGCGGCGGUUACUGCGGCACCUGUUCAGUGUCCCGAAGCACAGGGCUGUUCCUAGAGCUGGUGUGAAAUUUACCUGGCCACUUUCCUACACAAUCACGUAUUGAUAGAGUUUGAUCAGUGUUCACCCCCAAGCGAAAGAUGUUCACUAGAAAACGUAAAUACGAUACCAUCAUACCGCAGACCAGGGUCGUACAGGACCGUUUGAAUCUGAGCAUCUGUUGCGCCGCAUUUCGUAGGUCCCCUAUAGCCACAGCUGUAAAAGUGUGGGUAUUCAGCAUGACCAUGCUGAGGGUGACCGGUCCGACUCCCGGUCGGUUCAGAAACUUUUCGUAAUGGGAAUUUCCUUGACUUGCUUGGGCAUAGAGUAUUUUCACGCAUGCCACACAUGCA